AUGGCCAACAAAGAGCAGCCACCUCCCGAAUCGCGGCCUCUAAUACCAGAGAAACUUAUUGAUGUUCCUUCUCAACGACUUUACUAUCUUAGUUUAGGACUACUAAUUCAGGCCAUCAAGGUCUUUGAUUUCUUCCAAUAUCUUUUUACUCCCGAAGCAACUGCGUAUUAUGGCGUGAAGUGGAUGUUGGUUGAUGCGGCCUAUACUUCCAUUCUCUCCCAGCUCCGAAUACCGCGCUUGAGAUAUAGCAAGGCUGUUGUCUUGCUUCAAAUCAUAUCAUUUUGCUUUUUGGACGGUUUGUUGUUCGGAGGGAUCAGCUUGAAUGUAGGCAACAGCAGGUCUAAUAUCGACGACUCAAUGGCGAGGCUCUCCAAUUCACCAGGUUUAACAUCUACGCCAGAACCGUUUCGUCUCACUGACCUCCUUGCUUCACUGAGCCUUGGCCUUCUUCCAUUUGGUUCUGGAGAUGGUCAAAAGGAUCCUCAUCUCCUUGGUCAACAUACUGUCCGCAUGUCGCCCAUUAGCACUGCCCAGCUUAAUCCGAACGGACACGCUUAUUGUUUGGCACCUCCUCUGAACAGCGUUCUUGUACCCAUCCUCGUUAACAAUACUGUACCCACCAACGUCCGAUUCUCUCUUACUCCUCUUGGCUACGUGGAAGGCGUUUCAGGAACAGGUCGUGUAGAGUAUAUCGAACUAAGUGCCAAGGAUCUGAAGGCAAUAGAGCAGGCCCGCGUUGACAAUCUUCGAGUUACCCGUUCGUCCAGCUCGUCGAAUAGAGAUGUUAACGAAUAUGACGAGUAUGACGACGAUGACGACGACGAAGAUGAUGAUUUGGAUUCAGCACACUCGCAGCUGCAAAAGUCACAGUCACUGGCUCACAUACGCCUCACAAAGCCUGGAACAAUACGCCUGGAACGCAUAUCAGAUGGAUCAAACGUUGCAGUUCGGCUGGUACAUCCUGUAGAAGUCACCAUCGUCCCUUGUCCUUCCGCACAAUUUGUAAAGGAUUCUCAAAUCCAGGAUAAAGACAGCGUACGCUGCGCUGGAAAUAAUCCCGAUUAUGAAAUGGCCAUCGACAUCAAAGGAGUGCCACCGCUGAGUCUCCGCUGGUCUAAAGAAGUAAACGGGAAAAAGGAGCACUUAUUGGUAGAGGGAGUCGAAGGCAGCCACGAACAGGUUCACUCUUCAUCUCAUGAAUUAGGCAGAAGGAGGACAAGACUCUCUCAAUCACUUAGAGUCCCUUUGACCGCACCCCUGGAAUCUCUUGGGAAACAUACGUAUACGUUAGAAGGCGUGAUCGAUGGUAUGGGGAACGUUGUUAAUCUUGGCUCUACCGUGGCUGUUGAUUCGCAAAGUCAUGAUACAUCUAUUACUAAUUCUAAGAUAACACGUUCGCUGACGGUGCUUCGCCGACCAAGUGUAUCUUUCAAACACUGUGGUCCCGGGCAUCCCACCCCCCUCCUCAUCGGUUCUGAAGCUCCUCUGACUAUUGCGCUAAAUGCUGUCGACCAGUUAGACGCACCGUGGGGCGUAACCGUCAAAUAUCAACCCAUCGACGACGGCAGCAAGGCAAGUGGCAAAAGAUACAAACCGUGGACCAAAACAAUCAAGGCCCAGGAAGAUUAUAAAGAUUUAACUUUGAGAGCCAAUGCUCCUGGAGAGUAUUCGAUUACUGGCGUGGAAGGAAAGUGGUGCGAGGGCGAAGUAAUGGCUCCGGAAACUUGCAGAGUCGUCGAAAAGCCGAUCCCCACUGCCGAGAUUGAGUGGAGGAAAAUUCAUGAGUGCUCUGGGGAUACUGGCGUAUCAGCCUCCCUUGUUCUCCACGGCACUCCCCCUUUCCAAGUAUAUUAUCGCACAGUACGGGAUAAUGAACAGCCUCGCGAGCUUGUCAAGACAUUCAGCAGCUCUAGAGGCGAAUUAACGCUACAACCGGAGCGGAGUGGACAUUAUCUCUACACAUUCGUUCAGCUUAGCGAUGCGAACUACAGAAAGGUGGAUUUGAAUGGCCCCAGUAUCGACCAGAUUGUCCAUCCUCUGGCUGCGGCUGAUUUUAGUCACGCUAGUUCAAGUGGUAGAAGUAAACGGAUGGUAAAUAGCUGCUCUGGAAACUUGGUGGAUAUUGAAGUAGAUCUUCGAGGCACUGCACCUUGGAACCUUGAAGUCCAAAUCGUCGGUUCUAGGAGUACAGAGACGUUAUCUAUCCCAGACAUCGCUACAUCCCCAGCAAAAUUACAAAUACCUAUCCCGAGCGCAAUAGAUAAAGAAGGUGGUACAUUCGACGUUGAUCUUGUGAGCGUGGAGGAUGCGUAUGGGUGUAAGCGUUCUAUCACAGUUCCAGGUGUCUCUGUGAAUGUCAGGAGAGUGAAGCCAACGGCGAAAUUCUACGGCAAGGUAGAUCAACGGCAAGUCACAGUGAGAGAAGAUGAACGUGCAGAGCUGCCCUUGCGUCUAACUGGCGAUGGACCAUGGCGAGUCAAAUACCGACGAACUGAAAAUCCUGAGCAUGUGCAAUCUGUAACAUUGAACUCACCGAAUGAUUACAUCCGCGUCACGGAGAAGGGUACUUAUGAAUUGAUAGAUGUACUGGAUUCUCAAUGUCCUGGCUCUGUUAUAACUGGAGAGGAGUCCUUCAUCGUACAUUGGGUGCCAAAACCUUCUGCCAAGUUGUUACCUCAGACAACGUCCACUUUUGACUCCUUCAAUCGUUCGCACAUCCUUCCACCAUUAUGCCAAGGCCAAGAUGACCACGUUGACCUGGAGCUGAACGGCACGUAUAAUUUCAUGUCACGUCGGCCACCCUUCCAAAUUAUGUAUAAUAUUGCGCGGAACGAUAAUACUGGUGGUACGAUAGUUUUGGAUCAGCCUACCUUCAGCAGCAUACAGCCAAGAACUCGAUUCCAGCUGCAUACCUCGAAGCCAGGCCGUAUGUACUACGAAGUGAAACAAAUAGGCGACGCCGCCUAUCCUCUCGCUAAGUACAAAAACGCGGUGAUACCUCGUUCCGAACGUUUGGUGUUCGAACAAGAGGUUCUUGGACGUCCUUCGGCUCAUUUCAGAAGCAACAACCGCAUGUCAUACUGCCUCAAUGACGCCUUUGUACCCCAAGACGCGUUUUCUCUGGAUAAUGCGAUUCACUUGGAAGGAACACCACCUUUCCAACUCCAGCUGUCUAUAAAGAACCUUGCCACUAACAAAGUACACAGGGAAAAAAUUGAGAUAUAUGAAAGUUUAUGGAGGGUAGAUCUAUCAUCCUAUCGCUUCAUGUCGAUUGGACCGCACCUGGUGACCAUUGAAUCCAUCCAAGAUGCAUCACGAUGCGAGCAAGCUACCUUAGACGCGUUGCAUAGGUCUAUAUGGGUCGAUGUUGCUGAAACCGCGGCUAUAAUUCCUUUCGAUAAGAGGGAGGACAUUUGCGUUGGCGAAGUCACUCAAUUCCAACUUGAAGGCACGCCUCCAUGGACAGUUGGAUACCGCAUCAAUACCAAAUCGUAUUCACAGGAGGCUAAGUUGUCGCCGUUUUCGUUACUUCACCAACAAGCGGGUGAAUUCACCAUUACGUCCGUGGCACACCAGCAAAAAAUGUGCAAGGCUGCCGUUACAGACUUGCGCUUUACGGUUCAUUCCCUCCCAUCUGCUCAAGUUGGCAAUGGGAAAGGUAUCAUCCAGGAUAUACAUGAGGGCGAUCAGGCCGAGAUAGCGUUCACCUUGAUUGGCGAACCUCCUUUUACUUUCACUUACCAGCGGUCUGAACCCAGUCCUAAAAAGGGAGGCAAGCCAUCUAGAGUUCUAGAAACACAUACAGUUUCUGGUGUUACGACAAACGAAUACUCUAUUUUCUCUGCGCUAGAGGGAACCUGGACGGUGACGUCGAUUUCGGACCGCUAUUGUCGUUACCCCGCUCAACCAGAAGGAAUGACCGAAAGGUCGAAGCAUUAAACCCGCAUUAACGGAACAUCAUCCUUAUCUCGAAGUUCAGGGGCUCUCACCCGCCAUGUAGAAAAUGUAGCUCUAGUUCAUUUUUACGAUAAUCUUACAACACACCCGAAAAAUUACGAUCCAUGACCGCGGAAUACUCUCUGUUAUCUUUGCUAAAGGCUUGUUUGUUUUGCGAAUUUACAAAGACCUAACCG